AUGCCUGUUCAUAAGAAAUUACUUCAAUUUUUAGUUAUUGUUGUUGAUUUAAAUGCUCGAAUAGAAAAUGAAGUACGUAUAGUAAUGAUCGGGAAAACAGGAAGUGGUAAAAGUGAAACAGGUAAUAGUAUCCUUCAGAAAGAGGCUUUCGCGUCAGCAUCAAGUAGUUCAUCCUCUACGACACACUGCAGACGAGGUGAAAACAUUCACGACCUAGGAAACAAGAAAUAUAAUCUCAUUGUUGUCGAUACUCCUGGAUUAUUUGACACGGGUAUGAAAACCGUGGACGUAACCAAAGAAGUUGUUAAGUGCAUCGGAAUAACCUCCCCAGGUCCACAUGCUAUUAUUUUUGUUGUGCCGCUCGCGGUUCGUUUUACCAAAAAAGAAGAGGCGACUGCAUUGCAAUUCAUUAAUGUAUUUGGCGAAAAACUCAUGAACUACAUGGUUAUUAUUUUCAGUCAUGGAGACAAAAUAAUUGACAAAAUGAUCACAGAAAAUGAUCAACCAUUUUAUACAGACGAAAUGUACAAGAAAGCUGAGGAAGAACUGCAAAAACGAAUGGAUGAAUUGAGGAAAGAAAAUGAAAGAAUGACAGCGGUCGAUCGCCGUACAUCUGUUCGAAACGAAGUGGAAGCCGACGGCGGUAUUUUAUAG